CAAUGCUCAGCUUUACAUUGUACAAUGUUGUAUGCAACGUCCUUCAUCAGAGCCCACACAGGUUCAUAGAUUGCUUGCAGCAGAUUGCGACCCUGCUGCAGGCAGUUCUGAUGAGCUUGCAGCAGGUGAAAAACUGAUCAUCCUAUUUAGCUGGGUUCAGGAUCCCCUGGGCGAGUCUAUCCCCCGGGGGCCCCUCAUUGAACAAAAUUUUUCCUUGAGUAAUGGAGAAUCUCAGCAAAUCUCCUCUACCACGCUGGACCUCGAAACCACCCCAGCCUGAUGCACCGGCAUCCUUAGAGACCACCAUCUAAAUAUCUCAACCCACAUGACAGUACAAGCGAUUAAAAGUUCUCCAAACCUGCAAAAACUCCUUAAAGGCUGUCUUGUGUACUCUAAAAAGUCAGCUUCAGGCAGAGAAGGGCUCAGUAUCAAUCACGCCAUGCAGAGUUCUCCUGAUUAUUCUGCAAGCAGGGCCCAGCAACUCUGCCAUGGGCUGCAACUGCUCACGCAUGUGGAUAUCAUGUAAUGUCAUGGCCAUGAUGUGUGGUUAAAGCAGGACGGAUACUCACAUUACAAAAUUGCCAUGAACACAGCACUUCACCAUACUGUGAUGGGUGCAUCUCACAUGGGUUGUGGCGC